AUGCCAGAACUUAAAAGUACUGGACCAAAGUGGUCAGAAAUGAACACAAAACAACGUGUCUUGUCUGUUCUAAAGGCGAUCGGUCGGUUUAUCCUCUUAGUGGUAUUGUUGUACUUCUUUGUGUGUUCGCUGGAUGUGUUAAGCUCGGCCUUUCAAUUAGUUGGAGGCAAAGCAGCAGGAGAUAUUUUCAAGAACCACUCUGUUCUCUCCAAUCCUGUUGCUGGACUGGUGAUUGGUGUCCUGGUGACUGUCCUUGUACAGAGCUCAAGUACAUCCACAUCUAUUGUGGUCAGCAUGGUGUCAUCUGGACUUCUAACGGUCAGGACAGCCAUUCCAAUCAUCAUGGGAGCCAACAUUGGCACAUCAGUCACAAAUACCAUUGUAGCAUUGAUGCAGUCUGGUGACCGGAAUGAAUUUAGAAGGGCAUUUGCUGGAGCUACUGUCCAUGAUUUCUUUAACUGGCUAUCAGUGCUGAUCUUGCUACCCAUUGAAAUAGCAUCAGGAUACCUGUACUAUCUCACCAAUGCCAUUGUGGAGUCCUUCAACUUACAGUCUGGAGAGGAUGCCCCAGAUAUGCUGAAGGUUAUCACAGAGCCUCUCACCAAAGGAAUCAUCCAGCUUGACAAGAAAGUCAUACAGGAAAUUGCCUAUGGGGAUCCAGCUGCUCAGAACAAGAGUCUGAUUAAAAGAGAUUGUGGAAAGAAGUCUACACAGAUGUGGAUAAAUGCUUCAGUGUCCAGCCCAGAAAACUGCACUGCUGACAAACUCUGCUGGACGGAUGAAAACAAUGUGACAUGGACAGAGAUCCAGGAGCAAGUCAAGGCCAGUUUCUAUUGUUUAGGUGCACACCUGUUUGCCAACUCAGAUCUCCCAGACCUGGCAGUCGGACUUAUCCUCUUGGCGCUGUCACUACUAGUGCUUUGUGUUUGCCUGAUCCUAAUUGUCAAGCUCCUGAACUCAAUGCUGAAGGGACAAGUAUCAGUGGUCAUCAAGAAGAUCAUUAACACUGAUUUCCCUUUCCCAUUCUCAUGGUUGACGGGUUACUUGGCAAUUUUGGUUGGAGCUGGAAUGACAUUCAUUGUACAGAGCAGCUCUGUCUUCACAUCUGCAAUGACUCCACUCAUUGGCAUUGGCGUGAUUAGCAUAGAGAGAGCUUAUCCCCUGACGCUUGGGUCUAACAUUGGAACUACAACAACUGCUCUACUAGCUGCCUUGGCCAGUCCUGGGGAUACGUUAUACAACUCUGUGCAGAUUGCAUUAUGCCACUUUUUCUUCAAUAUAUCCGGGAUCCUACUUUUUUUACCCCAUUCCCUUCACGAGAAUACCUAUUCGUCUAGCAAAAGGCCUGGGAAACAAAACAGCCAAAUACAGAUGGUUUGCCAUCAUUUAUUUGAUUAUGUGCUUUUUCUUGCUACCUCUAGCAGUGUUUGGCUUGUCAAUUGCUGGAUGGCAGAUACUUGUGGGAGUCUGUGUCCCUAUUGUGUUUUUGAUAGUUGUCAUCAUUGUCAUCAACGUUUUGCAAGCCAAAUUUCCACGUGUGUUGCCAAACUUUCUGAAGACAUGGGACUUCCUUCCCAAGUGGAUGCAUUCUCUAAGACCAUGGGAUUCUUGGAUGAUGCACGCUGCUCUCUUCUGUGGUCGCCGAUGUUGUUGCUGCUGCAAGUGUAA